GGUUAUGCGCUUUGUUUUGAUGGUGUGGAUUUUUGUGUGAAAAUUGUUGCUGCUUAUUUUCCCUAUUUUCACCAUCUUCUGGAGAAUAAAAAUGUCUGAGAGUGGAAAGAAAGCUAAGAAGUUUCCCCAACAGAAUCAACAACAGCGACUGGGGAAGAAAGUGCAGAUUGCCAAGAAAGAUGCGCUCAAAGACAAGCCGGAGGAGAAAAAGCCAAUGAUCCUGUUGAAGCCAAAAGAGAAAGUGGAAAGUGAUGAGCAGGAAGCCACAGUUCCAGUUAUUGCCAAGCCUCCAGUUCAAGUGGCCGUGAAGCCAGAAGCUGUGAAGGAAGAGGAACCAACUUGUCUUCCGGAGAUGACGAAGCCUUGUGAGCUGAUAUUCUCUAAUUUUGAGGUGAAUAGGAAAGCUUCUGAGAAUCUCAGCGAAUCCAAUGUCUUUUUCAAAGUUAUUGGUGUGAUUGGCACGAAAGGCAGCGGAAAAUCUGUGAUUCUUAACUUCCUGGCCCAGGAGAGAUGUAAGAUUUCUGAUAAUAGGAAGAUUUUCCUGGAGAAUAGAGACAGCAAAAGCUGCAGUGGACUUCAGAUGUUCAUCACGAGUGAUCGGACAAUUUUGCUGGACUUUCAGGAAGCUUUCAGCAACGAAGCUGACACGAUAAAGAUGAUAAUGUUCGCCUUGUCGCUUUGCCACGUGCUCCUGAUUGUCCAGAAUGACUAUCUGGACAUGAGCUUGAUGAGGCACGUCAUAUUUGCCGAGAUGAUGAAGUUUAACACGGGAAACAGACUCUCUCCCGAAGGGCCAAAGAUUAUUUUCGUGAAGAAUCGCACCACAGCUCAAGACAUUGCGCGCGAGAGUAGGAAAAUUUGGGAAAAGACUCUUGAGAAGAUCUUCAGCAAGACAGAACUGAACAUUUACACGGAAUAUCUGGAAGAUUCGGCUAAGAAGGCGUCAAAGAAUACCGCUAAAUGCAUCAAGCAGAUCAAUUUAAUUGAAUUUCCGGAUCUAAUGUGCAAGAACUAUGUGAACUGUGUGGAUCUGGACAGUGCCAUUGAGCAGCUGACUUGUAGUGUCUUCAGGCAGAUGAAAAAUGUCUCGAGAGUCUCCCAGGCGGCAUUCACGGAGAAGAUGUGGUGGCAAUUGGCGCUGAGUUUGGCCGAGACGCACAAAACUGAGUACUUUCUCAGGAAGUACGAUCAUCUCACGACUGCCAUCAACUCAACGGCGGCCAGCGACGGUCAUGGCAAGGAUCGAUACGCCCUCAAUUAUCACGUGGAGUCGUAG